CUACAGGGUUUGUUUACCAGCAGCAGCAGUAUGCCGGCGCAGGUUGUAAAUAAAGAUCUUCAGAAUGAACGCAGCAAGUGUACGUUCAAUCAGGAGGAGUUUACUCUCUGGUGGGUGGGUGGAGAGGAGAACCUGAAAGAGAAACGAUCGAGAGAAACCUACUUCGCCAGUCAGCCAGAGUUCCAGGAUAUUGUCCCACUUCAUUUCGCCUCGCAUCAGGAGCUGUACGAGCAAACAAUUCGUAAGGCUACGGUCAUAUUCACCAAAGUGAAGAAACUUCUCACAGAUCAAGGGAAAUACGACGCCAAGAAUUAUGUCCACUUCAUGGAAGCGCUGCUGGGAUCGGGUUUCAUCAAGGAAGGGAACCCACUGGGAUUACACUUUUCCAUGUUCAUUCCGGCGAUCGUGGGUCAUGGAAGUCCAGAACAACAGGAGCGCUACCUCAACAAGGCCCUGAAUUGUGAAUUUAUUGGAUCCUAUGCACAGACGGAACUUGGACAUGGGACAUUCCUACGAGGACUGGAAACGACGGCCACUUUCGAUCCGGAGACGGAUGAAAUUGUGAUCAACAGUCCAACGUUGACUGCGUACAAGUGGUGGCCUGGAGCGUUGGCCCAAACCGUCAACCAUUGCAUUGUGAUGGCUCAACUCUAUUCCAAUGGAAAAUGCUACGGCAUUCAUCCGUUUAUGCUACAGGUUCGUGAUUCGGAAAACCACAUGCCAUUGCCAGGCAUUGAUAUUGGGGACAUAGGAGACAAAAUGGGUUACAAGGGUGUUAACAACGGUUAUCUGGGAAUGAAAAAUGUUCGUAUUCCCCGUACGAACAUGAUGAUGAAGAACGCCAAACUGUUCCGGGAUGGAACUUAUGUGAAACCAUCUUCGUCGGUGUUGGCCUACGGUACGAUGGUGUUUGUGAGGGUCAUUAUAGUUAAGAAUAUGGCUCAGUCGUUAGCCAAAACAGCUACCAUUGCUGUGCGAUACUCUAGCGUAAGGCGACAAAGUCCAAUCAAUCCUAAUCAACCAGAGGUUCAAGUAAUCGACCACGUGACGCAACAAGCCAAGCUGUUUCCAGUGCUAGCGAAGGCAAUUGCCCUUAAGCUAACAUCUGAUAGCCUGUGGGAAAUGUACGAACAAACGACGUCCGAGUUGAACUCCGGCAGUCUGGAUCGUCUACCGGAGUUGCAUGCAAUUGCUUGUUGUUUGAAGGUCGUCUCCACAUCAGAUACCGCAACUGGAGUAGAGGUGUGUCGUCUGGCUUGCGGAGGACACGGAUACCUGACCUGUGCGAACUUCUUGAACUACUACAGUUUGGCAUCGGCUGCAUCCACGUAUGAAGGUGAGAACACUGUUCUGCUGCUGCAGACUGCAAGAUACCUAGUGAAAAUGUGGAACCAAGCCGUCAAGGGUCAACCACUGAUGCCAACGGUUCAGUACCUGAAAGACUACGUCGGAAGCGCGGUCAAACAAUUCCCAUGGAGUAACUCGCUGGCGGUUAUCAUUUCUGCAUUCCAAGCUGUAAUUGCCAACAAGCUUCGGCUGGCUUGCCAGCGUAUUGAACAGCGCAAAGCUGGUGGAUCUACUCCGGAGGAAGCUACCAACAUGACCGCACUGGAGUUGAUUCGAGUGGCCGAUAUUCAUGGACGGUGGUUUGUGCUGCAGUCGGCGUACGAGAUGUACGAGAAGGCCUGCCAGAAGGCGUCGCCACAGAUGGCUUCGGUGAUGCAAGAGCUCUGCAAGCUAGUGGUGUACGACGAAGCGCUGAAAAUCAGUGGAGAUUUGUUGAGGUUCACCACGAUGACCGAGAGUGAUCUGAUCCAGUUGCAGCAGAACUUUGAAGGAUGCCUCGAGGCUCUUCGCCCGAAUGCCGUUGGAAUUGUGGAUGCCUUCGAUUAUCCGGAUUUCGUACUGGGCUCGGCGCUCGGAGCGUAUGAUGGAAACGUGUACGAGCGACUGUUUGAAGAGGCCAUGAAGAGUCCGCUGAAUCAGGAACCGGUUAACAGAACGUUCGAGCUUUACCUGAAACCAUUGAUGAAGUCAAGGCUGUGAGGACAUAUCAUUGAUGUUCAUUUCUAUAAAUCAUACAUACUUUGUGAGGGGUAAUGGGUGCAAUAAAACAGCGGUAAUCGUAAUUUAACUGAACUUGUUUUUCUUUAUUAUUAAACAUUAAUAAUGCAGAAGAGUACUGAGAAAAAAACCUGUUCAAUAAUUCUUACGCAGAGAAGAACAAUGCUACAAUACAAUGUAAUAAGUAAUAAGAUCAAUGAUUUAAAAAAAACAGAUCGUUUGAGAUUUCCAAAAUAAUCCAAAGUUAAAAA